AUGGAGAAGACUGGGUCUAGCCCACGUCAUGUUUUGACUCGUCAUCUGCACUACUGCGGCUGCGUAUUGGUCAAACAAAACAAAAUGGCGACCAUCAACUUCGAUCAACUAAAGGUAAUCUAAAAUAUGUAUUUCUUCUGCCGCAAUUAUUUACUGCAAACGGCUUGAGCAUCUUCUCUAAGCUACUACGUUUUCUUUCAGGCACAGAUAAAUAAGGCGCUGGGUGAUGCUUCGGUGGUAGUGAAGUUUUCUUGUGCGACUGUAUGUCUUCUCUACUGUUUGACUUUCAUUGAUUCAACUGUUUAUACUGCUUUAGCUGUUACUCCUGGAUAGUAAGUUACACGUGUGAUGAAUUUUACUAAUUUUACUUUGGUUAAGAUUUCCGCGCAUCUCCAUACAUAUAUUAUGCAUACAUGUUUCGACUCUAUUCAUAUGAUGAUAGUGCCUUAAACCUUUUUGUGCAGUAAUUUCAUACUAUUAUCCAAAAUAUGUAGUAUGAAAUUGCUGCAUGCAUGAUAAAUGUGUGGAGUUGUCUGGAAAUCUUAAUACCUCAUUUCGUAGCACUCAGCUUUAUCAUAACAAGCUUUAUUGAUUCACCAAGUUUUUGAAUUUGUCUUGACCAUGCCCAUAAUAAGUCUAUUUCGUUUCCCAUCUCCCAACUGGGAUUUUUGGAAAGGUAAAAAAAACAACAACAACAAGCAAAGAAAAAAUUCUACAUACACUGUCUGGAAAAGCAAAAUUUAAAUGCCUAGCUAUCGUAGAAUAGAACUCAAUGAGAUCUUGCACGCCAUGUGCAAAGAUAUUUGCUGCCAAUUGCAGCACAUGAUAACUGAACUACUGGACUGCAAAUAGGAUAGUUUCUCAGUGACAUUCGAUGGUUCCUUUAUGCUGAAUACAAAUACUAAGUCUUACAAUGUGCAUUGAUGCUGUGUAAGCCUUCAUCUGGUUUUCUACUGGUUUUCCCAUGAAAUGACAUCUGAGGAAUGAAUCAACCAAUCAGAAGCACUCCCAGAUCUGAGAAGUGACACAUCAUCAGUUUUGAAUUUCUGCAGUCGUUUCUGAGAGUUAAUUUUGUGGGAUAAAAUGGUGUCUGUUUUCUCAGGUUAAAUGCUGUCCAGACUGUGCUAAAUCCACAUUGUCAGUUUAAUAAAAGGAAAAAACGUCUUUUCAAGACUUUAUUUUGAAGAACAGUUGCUCCUAAAUUUCAGGUUUUAUAACUUAUGCUAACUACAGUCAACACUUGCCUUGCGGACACCUCGCUAUUGCGGACGUUCACUAUUACGGACAAAAUUCAGAUUUCUGGCCAAAUCUAUAGGGGUUUGACUGGAAAUGACUCCCGCUAUUACAGACUUACGGACACUUUUUUGGUACUAAAGUGACAAUUUUAUUGUUCUGACUUUCGAUAAAGUGGACAUGCUGUACUUCUCAUACAACAUAAUUAUGUAAAGUUACAGUCUGCUGUUCAUCAUUUGCCAAAGUACAUUUCAAAAGAUUCAGUUUCAAAUCAAUAAAUUAUUCCUAAAAUUGUUUGCACAAUCACUGUCCUCACUUCUUCACUUGAGCUUGUACUUUUGUCUUCCUGGCUCUUUGGGAGUCUGAGCUCCAGCCCUCGUGUUCCAUUCUCAAUGACUGCCUAGCAGUUUCUGUACUGCUGUUAGGUUUGUUCAGUCUUGCAAGAUAUUUUGGGUUACCACAACAUGGGCAAGUGUUACUUAAUUGUGCUGUUAUUUGCAUAUAAGUAGCACAUUUAACACACAUUAAAGAUUUAAGAAAACCUUACAAACGUAGUUCAUGUUAUUUGUAAUGUUAUUGUAUGUUAACAGCACUUUUUUUUCGCCCGCCCCACUAUAACCGACUCUUGCUAUUACGGACAUAAAACCACGGUCCUGAGGGUGUUCGCAAUGACGGGAGUUGACUGUAUUGGUUACUUAUCCUGCUGAAGGUACAUUGUAUUGAUGUAUGAGGGUUAAUUGCUAUGCUCAGGUGCUGAACAUGUUUCCUUACAGUUACUGUACAUGUCUUUCUCAGGUUUAUGUGUAGAAGAAUUGCAUUGUGUUAGUAUCUAUAUGCUUUUAGUUUCCCAUAGGUUUUUUAACCUUUUUUUAUUUUUGUUACACAUACAGCUGUAGAAUGUAUUUUAAUUCUCCGUUUUUCUUGUUUUCUUCAGCAUUAUUCCACCUCAUUUUAGAGUAUGGACAUUAAUUACAGGAGGUUUUACAGAGUAUAGAAUAUGGAAUGUAAGUGCCUGCUUUCAACCUAACCAUUUUAAAGAUUGAAUCACCAAAAUCGUCUCUAAAAAUAACCUGUGUUUUCAGUACCAUCCUGUUAUGCAUCCAUUGAACCAUGAUUUAUGAGGUGGUCAUAUUAAAGGGGUUGCACUAGCCUUUCUGAUCUUAAUUUUCAAGAUAUAACACAUACUACAUUGCACUUGAACUCCUUGUAUUUACUUUAAAUGAGAUUCAUAAUUAUUUUUAAAAAGAUCAAUCAUGAUACUUUUUACUUGUUUUAAUACAUCUCAAGUCUUUGUUAGUUUAAUAAUACUUUGAAAAUACUGUUUGUACAAGUUAUAACAACCAAGAGAAGCAUGGCUCCAUAACUGUGUAACCAUGAGUACAUGAAAAAAUUGAUAACAAUGAAAAGAACAUACUUAAAACAAAGUUCUGACUAAUGGUAGGCACACUGCUAAUUCCAGCUUGCACAAGAAUUGUUGCCUCCUUCCUGCAAACAAUAGUUUUUAUACAUGCUUAACUUAUGUCAUUUGUACAGAGAGUAGUUUUUUUCAUGUGUUGACAAAGUCAUGCAAAAGUGAUGCCAUUUUGCUGAUAAGUUGUUCUUGUACAACACCAUUUAACUACAUAUAGCUGGCACAGUUUGAGCAACAGUUUCUUGUCAUCACUUUUAGAGGUUAAGUCACCAUAACCACAUGUAUUUUUAAUGGUUUUGUCUGUUUACAGUAAAUGUGAUUUUUAAAAUAAAAUUUUUGACAAAAACAGUGCAUGCUUUAUAUACAAACAUCACCCUCUUUCAAACUGAGACAAACUUGAAAAAAAAAAGUGAGCUGCAGUUAACAUGUACCUGAGUAAAAUCCAUGAAAUAAAUUAAGACCCCUCUUGAGUUUAUUCCCAUCCAUGCUUCUUCUGCACUUUUUGGUAAUAUUUCUUUUUAACGUCAAGUGCUUGUUUUUGUUUUUUUUCAGGUGCUAAUAGAUAUUGCAGUGCUUGUGCUUUGUGGUCAGCUACUUGAACCCCUGUGGGGAGCACUUGAAUUUCUGGUAAAUACACUGAAGAUCUAGUUAAUAUGCGUGAUGUAAACACAGGUGAAAGUGAAGGAUCAAGCACAAGAGAUUUUCAUACAUCCAGUGCUAGAAUAGUAAGAUGGGUACUUGAGCAUCCUGUUUCCCCAAGUGAUGAAAAAACCUUGCACUUCUGUUUGCAGGGGGUACAAUGUAGUUUACAUUUUUUGUCCUUCCUUGGUCACAUUUUCUUUAUCCACUUGCUUUUGCAAACAAAUUUUAUUUUAAAUAACUGAAGACUAUCUUGUGUAAACAGAGGCUAACUACAGUAAAGCAGACAGCCUUCCAGCAAAUUUCAUCGGCCAAAGGCAGCUGUGUCAAUGUUGUAGUUAAAUUUUAUCCUUGAUUAGAUGUUUUCCUUUUUUUUUCAAACUCUUUAUGUUCCAUAUUAACCAUUUGUGUACCCAAAUCAAGGGGAAAUAAAAUAAAUUAUUUAAAACUGGAACAAAUCUAAGCUACAACAUUUAUAUUAUGAUAUCAACUUUUUGUUUGAUGUGUACUACUGGGCAUAGUUAGAGUUUGCAAAAACAUUUGUGUGUGUCCAAAUGCAAAUAAAGCAAGUAAAUAUUUUAUGUUUUGCCUAUGUAACAUCAUGUUAUCUGAGAGUCUUGCUUUCUUCUCUUCCUGACCUACAAUGUAAUCUUGUUGAUUAUUAGUCUAACCUGCAUAAGCAGCAAAGCUCUUAAUCUGCAGCACGUUUUUUGUCGUAUUUAGGACACAAAAGGGGAGGUCAUUGUGCCAGGCAUUCCUAGCGGAUACCCCGGAAACUGAGAAUAAGAAUCGUUGCAUGAUCGAAGCCACGCAUGUUUUGCGAAGAAAGCUUAGGAAAGAUUAAAUUUAGAGCUUUUCCGAAACAUGCCAGUCCACAAAUUCUAUCGCUUCAAAGCAUUGAUUACUUUGGAACAAGUGAACACUACUGAGUGGUCAAAAAAAAAAGAAUCUUAAUUAGCAAAACUGCAAAGGUCGGGUGUUGUAAACUUUGAUUGUAUGCAAGUGGAUCUUGUGGUGAGAAUGCGGUUUAUUUUCGGCAAUGAUUGAAAUGACGUGCCAUGUAAAUCACUUUUUGAUCUCUGGCAAUGAUGUAAUUUCUCUGGAAUUGAGGCCCUUGAAUUUUUGUGUAUUUAUUCAUGCGUAUAGCCUGCGACUGCAGAUGUAUUUCCCGUCGUCGCUAACACUCGUACUACAGCUGUACACUGUAAAUCAAUUCAGAAACAAGUAAAAAGUAAAUAUCCUGAAGAAUACUCAACGUCGCUGAAGUAGGAAGUAAAUAAAAAACCUUUGGCGAGUAAAUGCUGUUUCGUGUUGAAUUAAUCGCCUCCUCAUUUCUCUAUCUAAUCUCCAAGCAAGCGAGACUGAAUGCUGCUUUAAGAACGUUCUUCUUGUUAAUUAAUGGAAGGAUUUUUUUAAUGUAAGCCGUCUGUCUCAGUGAUUACUCUCUUAAUGCCAAUGCAAAUUUGUAAACAAACUGUUUAAAGGUAUAAAGUACUAUACCCUGAAUUCAAUUUUGUUUCAGAUUGCCUAUUUUUUUUCUUUGUAGAAAUUUGUAUUAAUCUUAGAUGUAGGAACCUCACUGCUAGCGUCAGCUGUCUGUGUUUUUGCUUAUGUUGCAACAUUUGACACCCAAAUGUGGUAAGUGUUAAAGUAUUCAUAUAACUACAUUUAUAAUUAGUGGGUACGUAUUUGCUGAACAUGACUUAGUUUUGUUGAGUUUGUUACAGUUAUGAGAAUAAAGAUCUCUCUUUUAAAGGCCUCCCAUCAAUUAAAUGUAGCCCUACUAUUAGAUCAUUUACAGGAACAAUAAUUAUUGUGUUCUCGUCUUACUUAUAAGUUUUUUGUAUCUGUAGGUUUCUACAGUUUAGUGGAAUGACAGGAAUUUUAUCGGGUAUGAUGGUUGCUUUUAAACAAAUUAAACCUGAGCAAGAAUUAGGAAUGUCUUCUCUUGGUCUUCGCGUCAAGGUUGGUUUGCAGUAAUUAAUUAAUGUAUCUGUCCGCCCCAUGAAAGACCUGGGUACCAUGUUAGGUUUGAAAUAAAAGAUUAUUUCACCUUGUUCAUGAAUCAUUUUUUUUAGAAUGGGUGACACUAAAUGUAAUGGUUAGAUAUAUUUUACGCCAUUUACAGUAGGACAUACAUUGUAUCUGAUGUGUUUCUCUUCUGUUCUUUUUUUAAGUUCAUGUUGAACAAUAAUAAUUUGUUAUUUUACUUUUAUGUGCUCUCUCUGGGGUCUUUGUACGUUUUUCGCCUAAAUAUGAAAGCAUUUUUAUGAAAUUUUAAAGGACAAAAAAUUUCCACCGACUGGUAAUAGGUGAAAUUGAAGAAUUGAAAUCUAAAGUUCUUGAUGUUGCACAUGAAAAGUGCUACAGCAUAAGCAAAAUUUAAUGACACAGCUUUCAUGAAAAACUGAUUAACAGUCCAUGAAUAUAUGCCGUACUUAAAUAAUCUACAAAUGUACUAUUAUAAGAAAAUCAUUAACUUAGAAAUGAACAUUUAAGCUUUAUUCUAUUUUAUGAGUUCUGCAAAAUAGUGCAUGCCAGAUGUGCCACCCAUAUUUUGUUUGUUUGUUUGUUUUUUUGUCACUUAAAUCAUAGAUUUUUGUUCACACUCUCAAAAGUUAGGGGAAUAUCACCAUGUAAAUUACAGAUGUACACUGAAAGUGUCUCCAUAGUAAUUAUGACACUGAAGUAAAAGUGUUAAUCACUUGUAAUAUAUUUGUACAGUAUUAUACAGUAUGUAACCUGUAUUAAGUAGACCUCUAUAAACAGUCACUUGCUAAAGCCCCAGAGUUACUGUAAAACUGACCUGUAUUAAGCGGUCGCAGUCACGUCUUCAGAAGAGUUAUUUUUAAUUUCUUCACCUCUAUUAAAUAGUCACUCUGACAAGAUGUACCAUACUACUGUAAUACAACAGAUAAACUGUGUUUGGCAGUUAGUGGUCUUUUACUUCUUUUUUGGCACAAGAAGAGGUACACUUUAGACUCACUUUGAGGUCAGUCUGUCACCAUCUUCUUCAAUAUUUCAUUGUCUUGAUUAAGUCUUACGUUGGUCAAACCUGUAUUAAACGGUCACUAAGCUAUUCCCCAAGGGUAACCACUUUAUACAGGAUUGACUGUAGUCCUCCACACAAGUGGUGACAUUCAUUUUCAAGUUACAUGAUCAAGUUUGAUUCAAUUAUUGUUUUCUCUUUCAGCAUGUUCCAUCAAUAGUUGUCCUUGUUUACAGUAUUCUGUGUAUCAUCGGUAUCCUUCCUAUAAUUCUUCUGGUUAUGGUUUUAUCUGGUACUUUCAUUGGCUGGGUGUACUUAAGGUUUUACCAGCCUCGUGGAAAAGGAGUCAAGGGAGACCUGAGUGAAGGCUUCUCCUGUGCAAGUUUCUUUCCGGAAGCUGCACAGUAAGCAAACUUUCAUUUGCAAUGUUGGAUCGUUAUUAUGUCUCAUCUACAAACAUUUAGGUGCAUGGCACAAUGUAAAGGAGAGGUCUUCUUGAGGAGAAUAGUCGGCCUUGUCAAAUUACAGCUGUUGAACCCGUAUUCUCCAGACUCAGCUGCAAUGAUGGCCACUGUGGAAAAGUAAAAUAAGAGACGAAUUUAAUGCCCCUCACUUUAAAUUCGUCUGGUGUGAAAACGGGCCGCAUGAAAGUAGACGGUACCAUUGAAAAAAAAAGUUUUCUCAAAAACAAAAAAAACAAAACAAAACACUGACUCCGUUUUGACGCACUUAACAGAAGACGUUUUAUUUACCGUUUUUUGUACUGGACGUUAGUCAUCCUAAGAUGACUUUACUUCUCAGACGACUUUAAUGUCUCUAGCAUAAAACCGGCAAAGGGACAGUAAGGGCUCUAGAGUUAAGUAACGGCGCACAACUUUUUCACCAAAGUAUCUCUCAGAGAUUUUAAGAUACCCGGAUUUUUAAGUUGGUGACAAAGUACCUCGACAGAAUGGUUUUAUCACUUUUAUUAAUUUGCUCUUUCUUUGUAAAAACAGAUCACCAGUUAACACAAUUUCCACCAUUAUAUUUAACACUCUGGUCCGUCUGAAAGUGUGUCACAAACCGAUCAGAACGUAUGAUGUGGGAGCACCAUCAGCCAUUACAAUCAGCUUACCUGGAAUGGAUCCGGUUGAUGCUGAAAGAAGAAGGUACUGUGUACAAACCUGUUGCAUCCAGUUAGAUCAUCCAAGUCAAAGUGUGUAAACCCUUAAACACCAAAUGUUCAUCAGGUUUCUAGGAACAUCUUUUAAUUUUAUUCCUAUUAUUGCUUACUUUGAGUCAUGUUCUGUUUUAGUCUUUGAAUGAAAUGUAAAUGCACCCCCAGUAAAAUAAAAAAUAUAUAUGUUAUAAAAGCCUACAACUACCUUUCCCCGAAGUGCCACACUGUACAUACAUGAAAGAAACAUCAGCCAUAAUAACUGCCACAGAAAUUACACGAACAGGAUGUUUCUACAAAAACACGUUCAGAUCGUUCAAUCGAUCUUUGCAUCCCAUGCGACGAAUGCCAUGAAAUUUUGCGUCUUUGAACUGGGUGACCGGUCGUUUGGCUUUCGUGUUGUUUCUCCCACUUCCCUUUCGCUAACGCUGUAUUCGUUUCGCUUGCAAAACGAAACGAGCACUUCACAUCUAUAUACCUCUUUCUUUCAGCCAUGACACGAAAAAGUCCGAUACACAUCUGUAUACCUCUGUCGUCGUUCGUUGAGCUUUUGAUCAAGCGUUCGCGAAAUGAGUCGUAGGCGAAACGACCGUAAAUCAUAACCCAUCUGGUUCAGUUUAUAGACUGAGAUUGACUUAAGCAUUAUUAAGGGCUUACAGAUUAUAUACAGUACAUGUCUUUCUUAAACGAUAUCCUAAAGUUGUCGCUUUAUACUGUUAGGCAAAAGGCACUCAAAGCUCUUAAUGAGAGACUACAAAAACUGGAGCAAACAACAAGCUGGCCGUCACUGGAUGGACCUGAAGGAAAGGACCCAGACAGUCCUGUUAGUCCAGUGAAUGCAGUGAAUGAAAUGCCUGAGAUAGUAGUGGAUCAGGGUACAACAAAAAGGACUGAGGGAGUACCAAACAGCUCGAGUGUACCUACGUAA